AUGCCACCAACGCUGCUAUGUCCGCCGAUGCGGUUCGGCACGGUGGCGUUCCCAUUGCCGAUGUCGGAAUGGGACGCUGAGUCGAGUGCGAGUCCAUCGACGUCUUCGCGCAUUACGUCGUUCUCGGAAUGCGUGUACCGCGGUGCCUACCCCAAGCAUCGGAAUCUGCGCUUCCUCGAGACGCUGCAUCUGCGCACGAUCGUAUCGCUCACGCCGAAGCCCAUUACGGAUGACCCUGUGUUGGCUGAGUGGGCCCGUGCACAGAAUGGCGGAGCUGGUAUCCAGGUCCUGCAUGUGCGCACGGAAAAGCCGAAGGAAGAUACGGGCGGUCUCACACGCGAAGGCGCCGCGCGAGCGCUCAUGGAGGUCCUCAACUCGGAAAACUUGCCGCUGUACAUACACUGCCUGGAUGGCGUCGACGUCACGUCGACGCUGGUCGCGUGCCUGCGCAAGAUACAAGGCUGGUCCGAGGCCGUGAUCCUCGCUGAACUGACGCGCGGCGUCCACGCGUGGGCGGCGAAGUCAGCGGGUAUGCAGGACACCGCACCCAAGCACCUCGCGCAUUUCGUGGAGCGGUUCGGGCAGCCGAAUGGCGUGCUGCUGCCCCAGCGCGACCGCAUCCCAUGCUGGCUGUGGCCGCGCUCGAGUGUGCCGCCCCUUGCGCCGCACGACACAUGGGACGCACGCCCCGUGUCCGUGCAGCACCCCACGCUCCAGAUAUACUUUGAGCGCAGCGAGAGCUAUAUUGCGUCGCAACAGGCGCGCUUCGGUGCGGUAUGGAGCGUAUUUGACCACACGCGCUCACGCACGCCGAGCUCGCUGUCGAUCUCGGAUAGUUCAGAGAUCCCCGACAUGCCUGGCUCGCCGGACAAGCGGACCGUGACGCGGCGGUUCUCCGAUGUGACGCAUGCCAAGCCGGUGCGCUCGCUCGACGAGACGUGGGCGUACACGUCUGUCGACGACCAGGACCUGCGCACGCCGCGUGCCAAGCCCCAGCACGUGGACGGUGAUAUCCCGCCGUUGAGUGAUGUGACGCGGGGCAUGGCGCUGGACAUGCCGUCUACGUCGCCCUUCGACGACCGCACGCCGCUGGUCAUGGCGCGAGACGCGCCGCAGCGGGCCGGCGACGUGGUCGACGACGACAUUCCGCUGCUCGGCCCGCCUGUCCAGCUGGACGAGAGCGACGAAAGCGAGCCUGUCGUCGAAGACGUCGUGGACGACGAGGACGACGAGGACGAAUUUGCAUACGAGCCCAUGAGCGAGAGUCUCGAAGCACUGGAUCUCGAGGGGUAUUCGUAG